AUGGCGGCGACCGCGCUCCGGAUCGGCGGCCGCGCCGUCCGGCCAUCGCUGGCCGCGGCGGCGGCGCAGCAGAACCAUCCCACCACCUCUCGGCUCUUUCACAGCACGAAGGCGGCCGCAACUCAUUCGGCUGAGAUCCAGCAGGUCAAAGAGGAGCUCUACCGCAUGAUGUCCGAAAACAGGGACAAGAUAGGAAAUCAGAAGGGCCUGAUCAAGCACCUCUCAUCCCAUGUGGAGCCUAAACCCGAGGACCCCGUCUGGUAUGAUCUUGAGCCCGGUAUUGUUCUAUAUGCCUGCUACAGUCUUGGUUUACAAGGGCUCUAA